AUGAAUGCGGCUUUGAACAACGCCCAGCUUUCUGCAAAUCUCCAGAUGCAAACGCAGUCCUGGGAUAAAUUUAGCAAGGGACGCCUUCGAGCCGAAGAGGCCUGCGCUGCUGGUCCCACAUUCCAGGUCGCUUUUGGUCAGAGCGAGCCCGACGCAUUUGCCAUCUUUACCCACGACGAAAUUUGGACGUCCUCACCUCGUGUCUUACCACCUGACCUAAAAGCCAAAUUUGAUGCUCGUGAAAUUGACCUGGGCACCCUUGCAGUCGUUGCGUUAGGGCCAAGGGGUGCUUGGUUUGCGCGGUGGGGCAAGAAUGCGGCCUGGAACCUGGCAGCCCUAGACACCCGAGACAGAGAGGCCUUUACACAGCAGGUCAAUGCGGCAGCGAGCCAGCCGGGCCAGCUAGGAGGCAUCGAAGGCAUUGUUGACUUUUCGUUUGGCGAUCAGGGUCAAGCGGUUAUGAUAUUCAACCGUGGGAGCAACAUCAUGUGGACAAAUGUGUUUCCACCGGCGCGUGACUUUGAGAAGACCGUAAAGCAAUUGGCAGCCGACGGGCAGACCUUCUUUCGCGCCUCUCUGGCUGUGGGCGGGCGUAGCGCCAUCGUACUCCAGAAGCAAGGCCGAGCCGCAGCCUGGUCGAGGGACAGUCCCCACUGGCCUUGUGCCGAUCUCGCAGCGGUUCUACAGGGCGAUCGGGUAUCCGAGACGAUUGCCUCACUCACCUGUUCCGCCACUCAACCUGAAUUUUGGUUUGCGGCCUUCAUAGACGCCAACGGCAAAUUACGUUUCAGCGCCAACGUGCCCGAUGCAGCCGUGGCCGAGCUUGCUAGAGCGGGACCCAUGCGCGUAUCCUAG